AUGUUCUCCCCAACACCCCAAACCCUCAGCAUAAUCAUCGCAAUCUUCAUCCUAACAACCCUCCUCAUCCGCCGCGCCCUCCUCCCAAAGCCCAUCCCCGGCAUCGUCUACCGCGAAGCCAACGCCAAAAAGAUCCUCGGCAACGCCUGGGAACUCCUGCAAUGGAAGAAAAAGCACGGCGAAAUGUUUGGCUACCUCGCCAACCUCGCCGUGGAACUCAACGAGCCCGUGUUUCAGAUCUUUGUGCACCCGCUCGGCAAGCCUUGGGUCAUUGUCGCUGAUAACCGCGAGGCUUUUGACAUUUUGUCGAGACGCACACCAAAGGAGUUUGAUCGCUCGAGGUUUCUGAGGAGUUUGUUCAUGCCGCUUGUGCCGGAGUUUCACUUCCAUAUGCCGACUGGGGAUCGGUGGAAGGCUCAUCGGAAGUUGGUGGCUGAUACGAUGUCGCCUGCGUUUCUGGGCGGUGUUGCUGGGCCGCAGAUGUGGAAGUCUACUAUGAAGCUGAUUGAUCUUUGGAGAGUUAAGGAGAGAUUGGCAAAAGGGAGACCUUUUUCUGUGUCGACGGAUAUUCGCAAGGCGGCUUUUGAGAUCAUCUGGGCUGCGACAUUUGGCUUUGACUCUGGUUCGACAACUGCGCAGACUGAGCUUCUUGAGACACUGCCUGAGUUCACCAAUCUACCCGACAUGGACCAUGAAGUCCACUUCCCCGUUGCACCUGAUCCUCCCGUCUUCAAGGCUGGCCUUGCACUGAACGACGCCAUGAACAUUGGUGUUCAAUCGCUUGUACCCGGACUGCAUUUAUGGUUGGCUUACAACCUAAUGCCAUCUCUACGUGCAGCCCGAAGCCUCAAAGAAGCUGUCAUCCAAGACAUGAUCAAGCAAGCGAUCAACAAAUUCUCCAACCAGACUGAUCUCAAUUGGGAGGAUCAAGGUAAUCUGAAGCGACACAUGAAGAGUGCCGUCGACAUUGUCAUCGCCCGAGAAAUUGACAGCGCACGAAAGGAAGGUCGUACGCCGGAGCUGAUGAGCCGCACCGUUCAAGAUGAGCUGUUCAGUUUCAUGCUCGCUGGAAACGAGAUCUUCACUCUGACUGCCUGGACUCUUAAGUUUCUCACUACGCAUCAGAAUGUCCAGAAGAAGGUCCGGGAUGAACUCAGAGAACAAUGCAGUGCUGCGGUUGAGAGAGGCGACGCACCCACUGUUUCAGAGAUCAUGUCCGCUCGCCUCCCAUACUUUGAGGCUAUGAUUGAGGAAUCUACGCGAUGUGGUUCAGUUACCCAGACCAACAUCCGCACGACGAUGCAAGAGGUUAAUAUUCUCGGUCACAUGGUUCCCAAGCAUACAGAGAUUCUGAUGCUGAACAAUGGCCCUGGAAGUUUCAUGCCUCCACUGUCCGUCGACGAAGAAAAGAGAUCAGAGAGCUCAAAGGGAACAGCUGGUAAGAUCGGUCAGUGGAACGUCAAGGGCAUGAGAGACUUUGACCCAGAGCGAUGGCUCGUCGAAGAUGAAGAGGGGCGAUUGACGUUUAAUCCCAAUGCUGGACCACGACAUUCAUUCGGUGCUGGACCUAGAGCUUGUUUCGGGCGGAAGUGGGCUGCGCUGGAGGUCAAGAUCAUGAUGGCGCUUAUUGUUUGGCACUUUAAUUUGGAGCCGACGCCGAAGCCGCUGUCGAGCUUUAAGCCUUUCCCUGGUGUUGCGCAUCGGCCGGAGAUGAUAUACUUGCUGUCAUCUGUGAUCCUUCCCCUCGUGGCUUUGAUAGCUGAACAUCGUGGCCUAUUGGCUGCUUCGAUGUUAGUGGUCUGGAGCGGCUUCAAGCUCAACACCAAUCGCAAUCUCCCCAGCGAUCCUGAUCCUGCAAUCCCGAUUGUCCUGAUCUUUGCGAUACUGGUCGCGGCCUUUGACAAGACGGAUGAGACAAAACAGCGCUUCCAGUUCAGCAUUCCAGGCCCGCGAAUCUUGGGUUUGCUCACUGUCUUAUUCAUCGCAUCAAACUUCAAGUCGAUGCCAUUCGUCUGGACACUGCGCGUUCUGUACACAAUCUCGUAUCAUACAGUCCUCCGUAAAUCACCCCAAUUAGGUCCCAAAGCGCUCUUCAAGCCUAUCAUCGCCACAACUUCUACAUCCCUCCUGGAGGUCGAUUAUUACCUCCACAAGUCCAACUCGACAUAUUUCGCCGACCUUGACGUUGGCCGUGCGCAUCUAAUUGCAUACCUCUUCCGACAUGGCUUCCAUCGAUUAUCCAACAACACCAAGCUUGGAAUUGUUCUUGAUCCAAAGACCGGUACACCAAUGGGCGGAAGACUCGGGAUAAAUCUGGGUGGUGUUGAAACUUGUUUCCGCCGUGAAAUUACAGCUUUCAAACAGGUCGAGAUGUGGAGUUAUGUCUUGGCUUGGGAUCGGAAGUGGUUAUACAUCGUGACGCAUUUCGUGUCGAAAGGUACGGCGCUUCCGACGGAGUGGCUGGAUCCACGGUUUGCGAGAACACCCACAAGGCCACUGCUCAAAGACUCGGGCGACUUGAGUAAGAAGAUAUACGCUACUGCUUUGAGCAAGUACGUGUUCAAGUUGAAGCGUCUUACGGUGCCGCCGUCAACUGUGUUGGAACAGGCUGGACUAUUGCCGACAAGACCGGGAGGAUGGGCAAUUGACGAGCGGGACCCGGAAGCAGUGGAGCCUGAUGGUUCGAGUAUUGGUAUCAGUAAAGAUGGCGAGUGGGAUUGGAGACGGGUUGAAGCUCAAAGACGGAGGGGAAUUAAGUUAAUUAGCAAGCCGAACCAUCUUGACUUGAUUCAUGAUGGCUUUGAUGGAGGGAGUGAGGGAGCAAUUGGACGUUUUAGCCCGGGAUAG